AUGCCUACCCGUACCUCGAAGACCCGCAAGCACCGCGGCCACGUCUCUGCCGGAAAGGGUCGUGUCGGCAAGCACCGCAAGCAUCCCGGAGGUCGCGGUCUGGCCGGUGGUCAGCACCACCACCGUACCAACAUGGACAAGUACCACCCUGGUUACUUCGGUAAGGUUGGUAUGAGGUACUUCCACAAGCAGAAGAACCACUUCUGGAAGCCCGUCAUCAACCUGGACAAGCUCUGGUCCCUCGUCCCCACCGAGACCCGCGAGUCCUACAUUGCCGGCGAGAAGAAGGACACCGUCCCCGUCCUCGACCUCCUUCCCCUCGGCUACUCCAAGGUCCUCGGCAAGGGCCGCCUCCCCGAGAUUCCCCUGGUUGUCCGCGCACGCUGGGUGAGUAAGCUGGCCGAGAAGAAGAUUUCCGAUGCUGGCGGUGUUGUUGAGCUGGUGGCGUAA